AUGGAUUCGGGGACUUUAGGGGAUUCAGAUAAAGAUUUGGAUUCGAGACUGAGGGUUCGAUGGAACGAAAAUAGCAAAGUUUAUACCCGAAGGGUCGUCAAGAAAGCCCAAAAAAACUGCAUCAAUUACGAUUCUGCCACUACCACCGCUACCGAGAAUCCCGCCGCCGCCGAGGUUCCCUUCUCCACCACCGCCGCCUUCGAGAAUCCCACCAGCGCCGCAUCCAUCUCCACUCCGACGGUUAUCGCAGGCUGUCCUACUGUGACAACCACUGACCACCGUAAGAGCUGUGACAAUGUUGUGACAGAGUUUUCGAGAACCCCGGGGGGUGAGGAUGUAGAUUCCUCUCCGCAGAGGCUGCAAGAGCAGUACCCUCAUCAAGAACGGAAGUCUUCGGAAACCCUAGUGUCCAAAGUUGCUUCUCAGCAGCAGCAAGGACAACCACCGCAUCAAGAACAAGUGCCCCUGUCCAUUCUGUCAGAAGAUGCUUCUAGGCAGAAUCAAGUGCAAGAAGGCAGUGUCAGUCAAGCUGCUGAGCCGCAGUGUGUCAAAGAAUUAUCGUCACUAGCCAGUGGGAAAAAGGUCGACAACUUGAAAGAAUUAUCACCACUGGGCAAUGCAAAUGAACUGCCAAAAAAAAUUGGGCAUGGGCCGGAGAGUUCAAAAGAAUCAUCACCACAGCCCAGCACAAAUGAGCUGCCAAAUUGUAGGGAAAAUUCAAUGGCACAGCUGCCCAGUGGGUAUGAGCUGCAGAAUGGUAGAGAAGAAACCCUUGUCCCCUCGACCCUGCCCAGUGGAAAUGAGCCGAGAACUGUGAACAGUAACUGGAAACCCCUGGUGGUAACCAGGAUUGAUGAUAGGAUUAGAUUUAAUUUAUCGGAAGCAACACCAAGGGAUGAAAUUAGAGAGCUUAAAAAGAAGCUAGAGGGCGAGCUUGAGCAGGUUAGGAUGUUAUUUAAACAGCUAGAAGCCAAGGAUGCUAGUAUUAACAGUAGUAUUAUUAGCAGUAAUAAUAUUUUGACUGGCAGUGUUGGUGCUAAUUUGGGUGGGUAUAGUCAACCUCAACCUCAGUAUGUGAGAAAUGAUGCGGUAGAGAAGAGAGUGCUAUUGAGACUGAAUUCAGAGGUGGGUUCCAUGGGGCAUCUAGCAACCAGACCGAUGAGUUUAGCAAGAGUGAAUUCUGAUGUGGGUGCGACACGGUAUAUGAAACCAAGGGCGUACAGUAGGCAACUAAGUGUUGCAGUAAUGGAAAACAAUCCUAGGGUUGGUGAAUUUGUGGAGAAGGAAAAAAGGACUCCCAAGGCAAAUCAGUAUUACAGGAAUUCGGAGUUUCUUUUGGGGAAGGAUAGAUUGCCUCCUGAAAGCAAUAAGAGAUUAAAGACAAAUAAUAAGAGGAAAUUUGGUGGACAUGGAUUUGGCUUUGGUUUCGCGACGGAUAAGAACAUGCAUCAGGUGUUUAGGAGUUGCAGCAACUUGCUUCAGAGGUUGAUGAAGCACAAACAUGGAUGGGUGUUUAAUGAGCCAGUGAAUGCCAAGGCACUGGGAUUGCAUGAUUACCAUGAUAUCAUUAAGCAUCCUAUGGAUUUGGGUACAAUUAAGAAUAGACUGUCGCAAAAUUGGUACAAAUCUCCGAGGGAAUUUGCGGAGGAUGUGAGACUUGUGUUUCGCAAUGCAAUGACAUACAAUCCAAGAGGGCAGGAUGUCCACGUUAUGGCUGAACAAUUAUCUGAGAUUUUUGAAGAGCGUUGGGCAGUUAUAGAGGCGGAGUAUAAUCAUUAUUGGAAGUACCGUAUGUAUCAUGAUGUGGGGUUGCCCACUCCCACUUCAAGAAAGGCUCCACCUCAGCCUCAUUUUGUUCCCCAUGACUUUUCCUCUGCUCCUGCUUCCGCUUCUUUUCCUGCCCACGCUCCAUCUGCUCCACAGAUGAUGACUUUGGAUAGGUCGGAGUCCAUGGCUACACCUAUGACUCUUGAUCCUAAAGUUCAACGAACUCAUGUUGGUCGGAUGCCUGUUCCAAAGAAACCUAAGGCGAAGGAUCCCCAUAAGAGGGACAUGACUUAUGAGGAGAAGCAACGACUUAGCAAAAAUCUUCAGAGCUUACCUUCUGAGAAGCUCGACGCACUUAUUCAAAUCAUUAAGAAGAGGAACACUUCUGUAUCUCAAAAUGAUAACGAGAUUGAGGUGGACAUUGACACUGUUGAUACGGAAACCUUGUGGGAACUUGAUAGGUUUGUGACUAAUUUCAAGAAGAGCUUGAGCAAGUACAAAAGAAAAGCGGAACUUGCUCUUCAAGCUAGAGCAGGAGCUACUUUGACUGUUCCAGAGAUGGCUACAAUCCCGGCAUUGGCAGAGGUUCCUAUAGAAAGUGGACCAGUUGGAAAGAGUUCUGCUCCUCCCGUUCAAGUUGAAAAGCUGGGGUAUAAUCCGAGUAAGUCCAGUAGUUCAAGCAGUUCUAGCAGUGAUUCUGGAUCAUCUUCGAGCGAUUCCGAUAGUGAUAGCUCCUCUGCCGAUGGGUCAGAUGAAGAGCAUUGA